CUUCGCUUCGUCGCUUAUUUCUCGACGCGGAAAAAAUCAAUCGUAUUUUCGUGAACGACGAACAUUCGAACGAUCGGUUUACUUUAUCGAAGAGAUCGUACAGACCGUCAGGUGGUAAAGGAGUAGUGCGUCAAGACAAUCGGUCAGUGAUAAACGGUUAGUGUCGAGUCGCUCGUGAUCGAUCCUUGUGUGUAUCCUGUCAAGGUGUUUUCUACCGUUCUCUGGUCAGGAUAUUAUGCUACCAAUCGCGUGUGCUGCAAGAUCGUUUUGACUCGAGGGGCAGUCGACCACAGAUCACCGGCAAAAUGUUACCACAAACCCCUGACAUCAUUCCUACGACUCUGAAUCAGCAAAAAUGCGUGAAGGCGCGUGCCUUGUACGACAACAUCGCAGAGGCCCCGGACGAGCUUGCGUUUCGAAAGGGGGAUGUUCUUACCGUGCUGGAACAGAACACCGCUGGCCUGGAGGGUUGGUGGCUGUGCGCUCUGCGAGGUAGACAGGGCAUCUGUCCAGGAAAUCGAUUGAGACUCCUGGUUGGCCAAUAUGAUACAGGGGGUUGUUUGGUUGGCAGCAGGCCUGACCUAACCAUUUCUGAAGACGGUAUACAGAGGCAUGGAAAACGGCGUAGCUGGCACGUUCAACCGAACAAGGUGGUGACGCCACAGAAAUGCGGCGACGUCUACCUUUACGAUCUUCCAGCGAGCCGAGGAAGUCCUGCGCCACCCUCCAGGCACGAUUCACCCUUGAACUCGAAUAACGAGCAUUUACACAACUCAGGCCGGUACACGACAGGCAGCAGAAGUUCCGUGGACAAUGGCGGCGACGUUGGUGACUGCUACGACGUGCCACCGCGAGCAGUGCCAGUGAUACCCUCGCCAGCCAGCAGCCCGAGUCCCGCGCCCUCGUGCUACGACAUCCCCAGGCCACCUACCUCCUGCACGCCGAACUCGAACUGCUCUGGAGGAUCAGGCGUGACGCCGCUCGAUUGCUACGACGUGCCCAGACCGCUGCAACCCCUCACCCCAAGCAGCUCGGCUUCCAGCCUCACCAACGAUGGAUCCCUCAGCGGAUCGAACCGAUCCAGUCUGGCCGCCCCGGAUUACGAUGUACCUCGAUCGCGUCUUCCAGCAUCCUCGUUACCGUCCCGGCACAACACCCCCGUGCCUAAAACGCCGACACCUCCGCCCCCGCCGCAAACGCAGCAGAUCUACGAUGUUCCAGUCAGCAAGGAGCUUCCUCUGGAGCUGGACUCCGCUUUGGAAGGUCUGCAAAGGCUGCAGAGCGAGGCAUCAGCCGCGAUAGCCAGGCUACUCGGCUUCGUAAGUCCUGGAUGGAGAACGCCGCAGCGAUUAGACGCCACCCUAAUGGACCUUAGGCUCGCAGCGCUCAGGCUUAGAACGUCCUUGCACGAUCUGGCUGAAUUCGCCGAAGGCACGCUGGGCAACGCGGGAAAGGCGCCGGACAAGGGGUUGGCCACGAAACUGCGACCCCUGGUCAAGGCUCUCCGCGAUUCCGACAAGCUCGUGCAGGAAGCCGCCACCGAGCUGGACGCGAUGGAAUGGGACGCCGGCAAGCUAUGCCGCGGGGGUAGCGAUACCCCGACACCUACUAACGGGCCACCUUCCACCCUGCUGCCAUCGGUGCAACCGGAUCCACUCGAUCAGCUGAUCGCGUGCGCCCGGGCACUCACGGAAGACGUUCGUCAGGUGGCCAGUUUCAUUCAGGUGAGGAUCCACAAACGAUGGGACUGUGUUUCUUGGCUGGUAGAACCGAAAAAGGGUGUCGACAGGUCGCUAGGUGUUACUCAGGGGAACUCGACGCUGCUCUUCAAACGGUCGUCGAUCAUCUCGACCGGUAGCAGCAACAACAGCGGCGCCGGCGAGGAUUACGAUUACGUAAAUCUGGACUCGAGGGAGGUGGUGGCAAAGCAACGAGAGGAAGUGAGAGCAUCGCUGCCGCAGGAACUUCGUAGUAAUUACGAUCUGCUGGUAUCCGAGUCGGACAAUGCCACGAUUCAAAUGCCACCCACGACACCGACACCCAUGGAUCCCAACGACAAACAAUUGCUGGCUUUCUAUGCCGCCCAGGUGAUCACGCAUGGCAAUCACCUGACUCACGCCAUUGACGCCUUCAUGCAGACGGUCGAGCACAACCAACCACCAAAGGUAUUCCUAGCGCAUGGAAAGUUCGUGGUGCUGAGUGCCCAUAGACUGGUGCACAUCGGUGACACAGUGCACAGGAACGUGACGAGGAACGACGUGAGAACGCGCGUGUUGCAGUGUGCGAACGCGCUGAACGAGGCCCUGGCACAGACCGUGUCGAAAACAAAACAGGCGGCUCAAUUCUUCCCAAGCGUAUCCGCCGUUCAAGAAAUGGUCGACAGCGUGGUGGACGUCUCUCACUUGGCCAAGGAUUUAAAGGUGGCGAUGAUUCACGCCGCGCAGCAACCUUGAGCAUCCAAAGAUCAGAUUCAAAUCUUCAACACGGACGAGGGAAAAACGGGAAUGGAAAAAGAAACUUGGAUACACGCGAGCUGAGAAGAAUUUGCCAUUCUCCUUUUGGGAAAUGCAGCUACAUUGCACUAAAUUCGCGACACCUCUCCAUCAAGUUCCUUGGAUUGGACGACAAUCCUGAUGAUGAAACAGUUUCUAUCCGCUAGAAACCUAACAGCAGUAGAAGCGAUCGAUUGAAGCAAAUUUCAAAGUUUAGAUGUAAUUCCACUGCCAAUUCGGUAGGAAAGGAGCAGCUCGUCAGUUAGAAUAUCGCGAUGCUUAAUGAUCCAGUGAAAAGCAAGGAUUAUAAAUAAGGAUAAGGAAGAGUGUGAGAUAAAUUGUUUAAGAAACGAUGGCAACAAUUAUAAUUCGUCGAUAGAUUUGUUUUAAUAUGUACGAUCGAUGUAGACGACAGGAAUCUGUCUGUUGGCUGAGAUGAUAGCAAGGUAGACUGUAGAAUCGUGAAUUUCUGAUCGUUUAAUCAUAACGAAGAAACAAACUUGGACCAGGGAAGAAACGCCAACUUACUUUUUCGCUCGACUAGGAACAUCCUUCCUUCUUGAUUGCAAUAAAGAAUUCUCGAGGCCUAUCGUUACUUAGAGAUACGCAACUGCCAAAGCCACAGGUAUAUAGAACGUAAGGGAAAGCUCCUUCGAGACAAGCGUGUGUGUAAUGUACUCGAGAAUAUAGAGAACGUAGACUUUUCUAGGAACCCAUGUAACCGUGUCGUUCAUUAGCUAGAGGUGUGUGGAAUCAAUUAAACGACGUAAAAGAUCGAUAGUACGUGUAGAACGCGUUCGAAAUGAUUCUCGAGACGUCGAUCGGGGGUGUAUUGUUUGCUUGAAAACGAGGCUCAUUUCGAACUUGAUACGCAGUUGUCGUUGCCAGCGUGUUAAUCGUCGUGCUAGGUAUGUAUCGAUGUGAAGAAUACUCCUAAGACGUGAAACAUUUUACUUUCGAAGCAUAUUUACAACGCGUUAUUACACCGCAACGAAAAUAUUUAUUGACUUGAAACGAAAGAAACGAUUGACGAUGUAAAAAGAAAACGAGGAAACGCAAUAGCCUAAUCUUCACUGCAAGAAGAGCCACAAAUGCAACAAGGAAUUUUUUAUAAUUAAGAAUACAAUAAUGUUCAUGGAAUUAACGUUUAUACUGAAAAUUCGAACAACGGAAAAGCUCUGACUUUUUAGAGGCCAAUUUUAAACGAAUUUUAUACAAUUUUACCGCCACGACACGCCUUUUACGUGCCAGGCCUUUUUACGGCUCUUCCAACAGCAUAUUCGUUUACACAAACGCACACUAGAGACUGCAAAAAGAAGCAUCGGAUUUGUAGACUGUUUACAAUCAUUCCAAUAAACUAAUUCGACUGCACGACGCGCUCCCUUUACAGGAGUGACGCAGAAACAAUAACUUGGAAACAAUACGAAAUAAUACGCCUUAUACACGGUCAUUUUAUCGAUUAUGGUCGGCCGACACACUUCUGCCGAUUGUAAAACUUUCAUAGCGAUCGAAUCGUUCUCCUAUCGUAGAGGUUAGUUUUAGAAUAUUCUGGUAUAGGCUUAAAAACUUUUAU